AAAAUGGCUGCCUCCAAGAGCGCAAUCGGCGCAAAUACUAGUGUUUCAAAAGCGGAAUACUUAAAGCGUUAUUUAUCGAAGGAUGAAGAUGGCAAAAAGUCAAAAGACAAAAAGGUUAAGAAAAAACGUCCUAAGCCCGCCGGGAGAGGGAUGAAAAUCGUUGAUGAUGACAUUGACUGGAGGGAACUGGCUGUGAACAGGGAUGAGAAGGAGAACAAUGAUGAAGAUGAGGAGGAGGAGGCGCCUGUGAUUGCAGAAAUAAUAGAUGAGCGUCCAGACGAAGUCAAGCAGCUUGAAGUCUUCAGAACUAGCAACAAGUGGAAAGUUCUUGGAGCCACAAAUGAGGAUUCCCAAGACACCCCAGAUUCAGUAAUGAGGUCAGACGUAAAAGAGAAUAGAAAAACCAGACACGAUUCUCCUGAUAGUUCUCCAGUACGGAGAGGUAGGCAUGAUUCUCCUGAUCUGUCACCCAAGAGGCACGACUCUCCUGAUCUGUCACCCAAGAGGAAGUCUCGGCACGACUCUCCUGAUCUGUCACCCAAGAGGAAGUCUCGGCACGACUCUCCUGAUUUGUCACCCAAGAGGAAGUCUCGGCACGACUCUCCUGAUCCGUCACCUAAGAGAAGAUCGCGCCAUGAUUCUCCAGAUCUUUCGCCCAAGAGGCAAUCUCGCCAUGACUCUCCUGAUCUUUCACCUAAGAGGAAAUCUCGCCAUGAUUCCCCAGACCUUUCACCUCCCAGACACAGGGCAGACACCAAACACAGACGGCACGACUCCUCGUCUCCUUCUCCUCCACGAAAAACACAAAAACACCAUCAUAAAGAUUCCCCACAGAGAGAAAAGUCCAAAUCCUCUUCAGCUGGACGUGUACCAGACAUGGACCUGUCCCCACCACGAAGACGUCCUAACUCCAGAUGGGACUCAGACUCUAAUCUGUCUCCCCCAAGGAAAAGAGUACAGGGAGGAUCGGAUUCUGACCUGCCCCCUUCCAGGAAGAGGCCACAGAACAAACGUGGAUCGGACUCAGAUCUCUCUCCUCCUCGUAGGGCUCGCUCCCCUGCUGCACAGUCUGGGCCUCAAAUGUUAUCUGGUGGAGCUGCCGGUCUAGUGUCGUCCGAAAUCCUGCGGAAAGAGAAGAAAGAAAUGCGAAGACUGGAAAAACAUAACCGCCCACUGGAAGACGAGUCCCGUCAUGCAGAGACCAUUUUUAGAGAUAAAACGGGAAAGAAGCGUGACCUGGAGUCCGAGCAUGCCGAGCAGAGCAGGAAAGCGGGGGAGAAGGCAGAGAGGGAUGAGAAAUAUGCACAGUGGGGUAAAGGAGUGGUGCAGAGUCAGAUGCAGCAGGAGAAUGUAGCCAAUGCUCUCAGAGAGGCUCAGAAGCCGCUGGCACGUCACAUUGAUGAUGAAGAUCUGGACAAAAUGCUAAGAGAGCAGGAGAGAGAGGGAGACCCGAUGGCCGCUCUUCUGCGCAGGAAGAAGGAGAAGAAUGCGAAAACCAAAGGGAUCAAAGAGAGACCUCGUUAUCGGGGUCCUCCUCCACCCCCAAAUCGCUUCAACAUCAUGCCUGGAUAUCGCUGGGAUGGAGUAGACAGGUCUAAUGGAUUUGAGCAGAAACGCUUUACCAGAAUGGCAGAUAAGAAAGCUUUGCAGGAGGAAGCGUACAAAUGGAGUGUGGAGGACAUGUAGACACAUCAGGAAGGGUGUGCGUGUGUGCGUACACACUUCCUUGCAAGAGAGAGAGAGUGUGUGUGUGUAUAUGUGGAUUUGUGUGUGAGAGCGUGUGUGUGUUUUUUUGUUUGUUUUUUUUCCUAAUUCACCAGCAUGGACCUAGUUGUCUGAAAAAACGUUUUGAUGGAAAUGUCAUUACUUUAUUGACUAUGUUGAUCGACCAAACUACAUACAAAACAUUUUGUGUAUUUUAAGGACUUCACCAGUUGUAUAUGUGAAUCUGGAUUUUUGUGAGGAUUAUUAAAUGUUGUGUUUUCCUAAUGUCGAAUCCAAA